AUGGACAACACAAAUCAACAGCAGCUAAAAUCUGGAAACAACAAUACACUACAGUUUAACCUGGGUGGAGACGAAAUAAAUGAAGAACUACGGAAAAGGGUAAUUGCGACUCUUCACGCAAACAUAACUAAAAGUUCUCCAAAUGCAGACACAAGGGUGUGUUUCGUGCGCGCAAAGUCUAUUGAGGAUGCUUUAUAUAAGAGUGUUAGUAAUAAGGUGGAGUAUCAGAAUCGUUUAAUAGCUAAAUUAAUCGAGUUGAAUCCUCAUCAACAACAGCAAAAUCUUCGAAUGAAUCAACAGCAAUUGACACAAAUGACUCCACAACAAUAUCAGCAUUUUGCUACUGCCAUACAACAGAAACGAAUGUACCUGGCUCAACAACGAGCUAAUAUCGCGACUGCUUCACCUCAAAUACCACAAAUAUCUCCUCAACAGCAACAAAUUCCCCUGCAACAGCAUAAUAUGCAAAACAUGCAAACUAUGCUACGAUACAAAAUUGUUAUUGAUAAUAUUCUAAAAAGUGGUAAUCAACGAAUAAAUGCACAGGAAGCUGAAGUCCUCAAGCUCUUCGGAUUUACAGCUGAGACCCAAUUGACUCCAGAUGUCAGAGCCAAACUUACCCAACUUUCAAAUCGUCUUGCUCAUCAAGCUACAAUGCAUGUAAAUCAGCUUCGAGCCGCUCGUCCUCUAUUAAAUGGCACUCCAGUAAAUCCUGGUGGCGCAACAGCGACAGCAGCAUCAAAUUUAAUCAACCCUAAUCAAGCAGCUCAAAUUGCAGCCGGUCAAUUACCGAUUAAUUCGUUACAGGGAAGACCUGCUGUGUCCGGAAUAAAUCCUACGCUGAGACCUAAUUUAUUACAAGCUGGUAUUCGGCCAUCUAUUCAAAAUCUAAAUCUCCAAGCAAUGCAAGCUGCUGGCUAUCAAAUACCUACUACGGCGACCACAUCUGCCGCCGAAGGGUUCAUAAAUAAUCUUGAACAAUUGACAUCCGCAUCAAUGGGGCAGACAGCCGCUUUAGUAAAUCCCGCAAUAAGUAAUACAACACCGCCUACCAUGAAAAAACAACCCACGAACCAGACCUCAAUCACUCCAUACUUGAUAAGUAAUAAUCCGCCCACAAACACCGUCACGAAUAUAACGUCAGCACCUGCUGCUGCUGCACCUCAACAACAGGCACCAUCCCAAUCUAGUAUUAUACAAAAAGUUCUUUCCGAUUCAGAAAUAGCCGAGGCUAAGGCUAACAUAAAAAAAAUCGACGAGGAACGACAACGCGAUAACCAAAUAAGCUAUAGUGAGAAUCAUGAAGUGUCUGAACAAGAAAAAAGAACCAUUUUGGAAAAAUUGGAAUCACUCAAACCAAUGUACGAAAAGAUUGAUGAGUAUCUUCCAUACGUUUGGCAUUUUUAUAAAAAUCAACAAACUAUCGUUAGGAUUUUGGGCAUGAAGAAAAUGAUCGGAGAUCUACAAGAAGCAAUAUCCGAGGGAAAGUUAAACAUGAAAUUACAUACGUUGGAAAAAUUGCAUACUGAAUUCAAACGGUACUUUGAAGUGGCGGAAAAAAGCCACAGAGGAGAGACCAUGUCUGAUCCAUUUGCGAUCCCGCGGGCUUCACCGCCUCCAAAUGUGAAGGAUGUCUUUUCUUCGACCCAAAAACCUUUUACUUUAAAUCAACCGCCAACGCCCAAGCAUGCUAAUAAUAAAACACCAAAUCCCCGAUCUAAUUCUAAAUCAAUUCCUGGAAAAUCAACAAACAGAACCGGUAAAGACAAUAGUAGCACUAAUAAAACAUCAACUGCUACAAGUAAUAUUCCUAAUCAGAAUGUUGAUUUAACCGGCGUAACCGCCAAAAGACACAGGAAAUCUUCUCUUGACGUUGAAAAACCAGCAUCUGUUCCUGCACAAUCCUCAGUUCAUAACACAAAUAAAACCUCUGAAUUGAUAGAUGCAGAUAUAUCAGAUGGAAAUUUUUCAUCGUCAAAGAGACGACGUAUAGAUGCUGGUGAAAAAUCAACACAGCUUAUUCAAGAGAACUUUACUGCCCCUGUAACACCACCUGCCAUUAUCACAGCCUCCAAUGGAAAUAAUUUUCCAAUCGGCUUAUCUUCACAAGCCAUGAAUACGUCACCAAUGUUUAACCAUUCAAUGGUCUCGCGUCCAAUCGAAGUUGUUGAUGACGAUGGAGAUGAUAGUGACGCUGAAGACAAACGUCCUCCGGUUGAAUCGCUUUUCGAUCGUCAAGUCUCUCGAGAAAAACAAAGUCAAUCGUUUCAACUAUUAGAAGAUGUUUUAUUGAAUUUCAAUCCUGGAAAAAAGAUGAUCGGCGGUAAAGAAAUUUCUGAAUCAAAGAAAUCAAUAAAUCCGAUGCGUCUUAUAUUGGACGGCCCGGAUCCGGUUCCAGAAUCAUCUGAAAAUAAGUUGCUUGUAUUUAGCAUGCGUGGUGCUUGUUGA